AUAAGUGUUGUUCCGUUUGGACGUUUCAAUAUUAGGACGUAGAAGAAAGUUGCGGGUGCUAUUUUGUCGUACCUGGGAAGAUAGAUCGUACUUUGUAUAGUCCGGUUGCGUUAUUUCAGUUUUUUUACGUACCGGUCGCAGUUCUUUAGCUCGUUUUCGAUUGUAUUACUAAGAAGUUAUAUGGGCCCGCUAAGUAAUUCGCUUGCGCCAAUGAGCUACUCAGGUGUAGAUUUUAUACUGGAGAAUAGUCCCAGUAAAAGUUACGCUUUACUCGAAAGCGAUUCAGACGUUGAUGUAAAUCAUUUACAUGAAACUGUGUCAAACGUCUUCAAGCGAAAUGGGCACCAUCAGCAUCUUGAUUCCUCCACAAAAAGAUGUCAAAAUUCUGUACGAAAAGCCAAAGCAUUGUCUGCACUCUCCAGCCUUGACGUUUCAAAGACAAAGUUAAAGAACACUAAAAAAUGUCUAGACCUUUACUUUGGACGGUCUAAGCAUAAUAACUGUCAUGAAAAUACUGAAACUAAAGUGGUUAGGGGUACUUUAAAUGGUAGUUAUGAUACUGAAAGUUCUGAAAUCACCAUACCCACAUUUCAACAAACUCCACCAAAGUUGGUCCAUGGAAAUGAAAGCCCAACGAACGGUGUUUCAAGCCUUUUAACUUUAUUUCAGUCACCAACCUCAACCACUUGCCCUCAGAAACGAAAUCAUGUCAACACAGAAGAAUGUAAUGAACAACCAAGAAAAAGGACGAAAUUGUCUGAUUCAAACACAAAAACAGAUGAGCGGAGGCAGUGUAACAACUGUCAAAAUUCAUUGAAAAGCGUAAUAUCUGAAGUCCAGGCCAGCAAAGUACCAAGUCUAUUAAAUUUAUUUCAAUCUCCAUCAUCAUCAAACCAACCGGAAAGAAAUAAAGCCGUAACAAAGGAUAGUGAAAAAAAGGCAAGAAAAAAAGAAAACUUAUCCGGUUCAACUCCGAAAUCCAACAUCCAUCGUAAAAACAAAAACAGAACUACCUCGAGCAAAAAAACUAUUGAAACCACGCGGGAUUUUGAUGUUUCUGUAAGAUCCUGUCCAGACAAAGAUUUGAAUCUAUUGAAUCCUCCAACCAAAAAAGGAAAGGUUAGGAAUGAUAUUUCCAAAGAUGAUAAAGACUGUCUUAAGUACCUGCGUGACAUAGUCAAAGAAGAUAAACAUCGACCUUGUAAAAGGGAAUUCCAAACAGGACUGCGGACCAAACGCAGUGGGAUUAUCUUAGAUUUGCUCCAGUUACCAAGACAAAGCGACUCUCCUAAUAACUACAUUUCAAAACAAAUGGUACAUAGCAGAAAAAGUGGCUUUCGACUGAUUGCUCCUACCAAGCCCGUACCAGCUAGUUUUUUCUCCAGUUUUCCCCAAUGUGGGGAUGAUGUUUAUGAUCAGCUAUUUCAUGUUUUAAAUAGUUGAUUGUAUUUUAUGUUUUUGUUAUUUAAAUAAAAUUUAACAUGUUUAAAUGAA